AAAAUGCGCGCAUGUUGUUGAUAUAAUACAAGGUCUGAGAAUAAAGUUAGCGAACUCUAUGGUAAAAUUAUUACGUACUUCAUUCCAGAGUAUCAUUGUGGUCACGUUCAGAGUAAUCUCCUUGAGAAGCUGUUCACAAAAUGUUCUUCUUUUGAAUUUUUUUUCUUUAUCUUUGGAAACCAAAAGAAAAUCAUCAAAGAUUAAGGAUUCGUCCGUAUAUACACCCGUCACAUUGAUGCAAUUUUACCGAUGCAGGGGAGGAGAAACGGAAUACGGAGCAGGAGGUAGAGGUAAAGAAGGAGUAGCAGGUGGAAGAAGUGGAGGGGACGAGAAAAACAUUGCAAAACUUCGAGUUCGAACGUUGAUCCCCACAUGGAGAUAUACGCAUACUGAUUCGAGUGCGUAAAUGACGGAUAUAUUUGAACGUGUAUAUAUAUAUAUAUGUAUGCAUGUGUGUGUAUGGUUGCACGGAUAGGGAAGAAUCGUACAGACGAACCAAAGCUAGUUUUCACUUCUCCCACCAGAUAUUAAUACUUUAUAUGAAAUAACAAACAAAUAAGUAAAUAAAUAAUAAGUAUAUGACAUACUUCGAGAUGUAUGAUCCUCCUC